AUGCUUUCACUAGGUUCAUUCCAGCCAACAAAUGAAAUGAUGCUCAAGUUCUAUAGCUUUUAUAAGCAAGCAACCCAAGGACCCUGUAACAUUCCACGUCCUGGAUUUUGGGAUCCAAUUGGUAGAUAUAAAUGGGAUGCUUGGAGUUCCUUGGGAGACAUGUCCAAAGAAGAAGCCAUGAUAGCCUACGUUGAAGAAAUGAAAAAGAUUCUUGAGAGUAUGCCAGUGACGGAGAAAGUUGAAGAAUUACUACAAGUAAUAGGCCCGUUCUAUGAAAUAGUAGAAGAUAAAAAGAACAGAAGAUCUGACCGAAGCUCAGUUCGAAUGGCGAAAGUCUCUAAGUAUUUGGAAGACCUUAGUAGUGUCAUGAAUUCAACUUCAAAUAUAAAGGCUGUGAAUGGAAAAGCUGAAAGUAGUGAUCGUGGAGCAGAAUCAGAAGAAGAAGAAGAAGAAGGGCUUAAUGAAGAGGAAGAAAAAGAACUGCAGCUGAAUGGAAAGGACCAUAAGAGUGUGAAACUAGAAUCAGCUAAGGAUUUGGAAAAUAUUGUUACUAACGGCUGUUACAAGGACAGCUUUAUCCCAGAUAUGCAGAACGGCAUCCAGACCAAAUCUGCACUGAAUGGUUUGAACUCGGAGGAAGAAAUAAAGAAAACAGAGCCAAGCCUAGAAUUGGCUAAUAACAGUGCUCACCAAGGUGCAAAUGAAGAGAACACUGAAGAGGUCUCAGCAACUCAGCACUUAACCAGUGAUUCAGACAGUGAAGUUUAUUGUGACUCUAUGGAGCAACUGGGACUAGAAGAGCCCUUGGAGAUCAUCACAACAGCUAAAGGAUCUUUAAAGCAUUCAUCCCAUUUCUUGGAUGUAGAUCACAAUCUUCUGUUAGAAAAUACGGAUUUUCCAAGGUGUACUUUCGUGACCUAUGGGAACCUCCAACCGGGAAAUACUGUAGAGGGAGCAGCUGAAGAACAAGGUGAAGUCAAGUGUGGAGGAGAGGAUGGCAAAGCCAGUAAUGGGGCCCCUCACAAGGAGAAGAAAGGUGGAGAAAAAGCAGAUUUCUACAGCAUCAGAAGAGGGAGAGGACACAGACUUCAACCUCUAGGAGAUGGUUCACAAGGUGGACAGAUGGGUAGUGGAGGGGACGGAGAGCGCUGGGGAUCAGACAGAGGACCCAGGGGUAGCCUCAAUGAGCAGAUUGCGGUAGUGCUGAUGCGGUUGCAAGAAGACAUGCAGAACGUCCUUCAGAGGCUGCAUAUGCUGGAGGCAGUUACAGCAUCACAGGCAAGAUCUGCAUCACUACAGUCAAAUUAUCAGCCUGCCCCCUCUGUCAAGAAACCAUCGUGGUGGCCCUUUGAAAUUUCUCCUGGCAUUUUAGCUUUUGCUAUUGUAUGGCCAUUUAUUGCCCAGUGGUUGGUACACGUGUAUCUUCAAAGAAAGCGAAGAAAACUGAACUGAGAAUUCAUGACUUUGCUUAAAGACUGCUAGGAGAAGAGGCCCUGGAAAGCGAAGGAAUUCUGAAUUCUCAUAGAAUCUCAGGAUCUCGGCUGAUGUUCCUUCUGUUAUAGUCAUAUUUUGUACUACCUUUGAGCUAAACAUUUAAGGACUAAUGUUACUGAAACUUGAAUGAUUCACAGCUCCUAGGUUACAAAUAAAAUAAAUUUACUAAUUCCAUCCUCAAAACCAUAUGAAAAUUAAUUAUUUUGGAAUGUGCUUGUGGAUGGGACUUCAGUAAUUCCUGGUCUUGCUGAUGGCAGAUGAUGAAGAGAAUACCAUCUUUGGAAAAGAACAAGUGAAAAAUAUGUAAAACUGUCACUUUAAUAUUGAAAGAAUUUUACAAUCAUAACGUCCCUGCCUGUUUUUCCACAGGGCUACAUGGUAUCAGAUGAAAGCACUAAU